GGGGCAGCUCUCCUAGGGCCGGCGGGAAACUCGCAACAUAUUUCCCUGUAACGCCCGCCCGAAAGAGCAGCUGUGCUGUGAGACGGGCUGUUACUGGCUCUGGCGCGCUGAGGUUCCAGGUCUGCUCAGCUGACAAGUCAGCGGGCGGCUUGGCUGACUGCCAGCCCUGCAGACUCCCUCUGGGAUCUGAGAACCAAGCCGGGCUCUUUCCUGCCUUUUCCUCUUCCCCAAGCAUCCAGAUCCUGCAGCUCCUGCGCUUGCUGACAGCUGAGUAGCCCCACUGUUGUGGCGGGUUUUGCUCAGUUCUAGGUGUUCAAAGAUGGCGGAAAGACCAGAGGACUUGAACUUGCCCAAUGCUGUCAUCACACGGAUAAUUAAAGAAGCACUUCCUGAUGGAGUAAACAUUUCCAAAGAAGCUCGGAGUGCAAUAUCUCGAGCUGCAAGUGUGUUUGUGUUGUAUGCAACAUCAUGUGCAAAUAACUUUGCAGUGAAAGGGAAGAGGAAAACACUGAAUGCUGGAGAUGUCCUCUCAGCCAUGGAGGAAAUGGAGUUCCAGAGAUUCAUAGCCCCUUUAAAGGAAUCACUGGAAGUUUACAGGCGUGAGCAAAAAGGCAAGAAAGAAGCAAGGAAAGACAAAGAUAAGAAGGCAGACUCUGAAGAACAAGACAAGAGCAGGGAGGAGGAGAAUGAUGAUGAUGAUGAACGGAUGGAGGAGGAGGAACAAAAUGAUGAUGAAGAAGUAGAUAACUGAGCUUCCUGGAGAGACAGACAUGCACAUGGGCCUGGGCUCUCUUCCUAGGGAUAUAAAUACUGUAAAUCAACCUUCUUGUGUCCUCUUGUUUUCCAGUUUCCAGCAAAGCUUCAUGUUGUUCCUCUGGGGCCCAUCCCUCCUGGCUUUAAUUCUCAGAUGUAGGCGGGCACCCUGAGGAGACUGACACAGCUUCUGGAGUGGAAAGGCCACGUCUUCCCCAUUGCAUGGGGCACUUGGCACACUCUCUCCAGAUUCUGAAAAGCCAUUGAUUGAUGUAAAUGACUGGUCUUUAAUACUGGAUUUGUUCUGUGAUGCAAAAUGGAAUUUCAGAGAUUCCAACAGAGAAAGCUGUGCAGGAGAAUCUGCAGAAAAGUGUUGAAUAAGUUUGUUUUUGCUAACUAGGUCUGAGUUUGAAUUUAAUAGGCCUUAGGCCUGCUGCAUUUAGGUUGUAUGUAAUAUGUUAGAGAGGUGCCCUAAUGGUUUAGAAUGCUGCGCAGAUGAGGGUUUUGUAUAAGGUGGGGAUUGAGGUUGUCUUAGCUGGAUCCUUUCAUUCUGAUUGUGCCUUCUCUUUCGAAAGUGACUGACAGUCCCAGUAGACAAGGAUCAGCUCUCCACAGGACUGACUCUUCUGCCCAGGAUCAGUCAAAUUCAAAGGACUGUACUGUGCUUCUGUAACAUAACUUAAUACCAUAAGUGCUUAUUUUUGUUUUUAAAAAAAUACUGAGAGCCUGACAGGGUUUUUAUAAAAAUACCUGAAAGAAAAGUAACUGCUAAGAAAGCUUAACUGGGUCCCAAGUGUGAUGCUGGGGGAAGGUUUGGAUUGAGUUUCUGGCAAACUAUUUCCCAAGGUAAUGUGGAUCGGGCCCAUGGAAGUUUUAAAGGAAGCGUCAUCCCAAUUUAAUUGUUUUUCCUACUUGUAGUAGUUUUGGUCUUUCUGUACUUGAGGUCUUGCUCCUGAACACCUUCCCCUUUUACAUGUGGAGAAGGUACUUCCUGUGAGGAGCUCAUCCUUUAAUAAUAACCCAGUUCUGUGUAGUCUUUAAAGAAAAACUUAACUCUUAUUUGACCUAAACUAAAAUCUGACAAAGGAAAGUUGGAAAAAUUUGAAAUAAGUUAAAAAUUGUUAAAAAUUCACCAGUUCUGUUGAUAUACCAGUUAAAACAUGAGUGAGUGCUUGUAUGAAACAGCACAACUUUGUUUUUCACUUCUGCUGGAGCAACACACACAGAGCAAACAUUGCAGAAGUUAUGCUGCUCUCACAUUGCUACAGCUAUGAUAACUCCUACAUGCAGAUCCCAGAUGGAGGAAGUCACUAUCUGACAAUCAGCAAAGAUCUGUUCUUCAGCUGCUGCAGGACUCCACAUUUAAAACAACUGAUGAUGUGACUGUCUCUGUAAAGGUGUUCAGUUAUACAAGGAGAUCAUCCUCGCAGCUCUGUUUUUCUCUUGUAAUACAUACGUGAGCUCCAUCUCCUCUUGGGAAGGAACAGUAUUUUAUUUAAAUAAAAGCCAAGUUCUCUAUGGAAA